AGAAGGAGUGCUGUGUAAAGGGUCUUGGAACAAUAUCUGGAAUCUGGGUAGACACUAAGCAAACAAUAAGGAUUACCAACAGAAGUGUGCUUCAGGUGGCAAUGAUAUGGAUGCUAUAAAGAAAAGUAAGCGGGAUGGAACGGAGGUUACAGAAAGACUUAUUACAGAAACUGUUACCACCAGACUGACAUCUCUUCCGCCAAAAGGAGGUGGUAGCACUGGGCUCAAAACAGCCUAUAGUGGCGGAAGUGGAGUGGAAAAGAGGACUUACACCCACGGUGGCAGUUAUGUCACAGCCAGUGGAAAUACUAGAAUGAAUAGCUCUUCCUCCUCCUACAAGCAAGCCACUACUCCUUCUUCUACUCUUCCCAAAUCACCUGGUUCAACGUUUGAAAGAAAAACCUAUACCACCCGCCAUGCAGCGUAUGAAGGAAGCUCCAGUGCAAAUUCCUCUCCAGAGUUUCCAAGAAAAGAUCUGGGUACCUCUGCUACAAGGGGGCGAAGCCAAACCCGAGAGAGUGAAAUUCGAGUGAGGCUGCAGAGUGCUUCUCCAUCAACCAGGUGGACAGAACUAGACGAUGUUAAGCGGCUGCUUCGAGGAAGUCGGUCAGCUAGUGCCAGCCCAACUCGGUCCCCAUCAAGCACACUCCCCAUACCUAAGAAAGCUGUUGUGGAAACCAAGAUGGUGACAGAGAGCACCCAGUCAGUGUCAGGGACAUAUGACACAACCAUCUUGAAUGCUGCCCUCCCGUCAUACAUGUGGUCCUCCACCCUGCCUGCAGGGUCAUCUCUUGGCGGCUACCACAACAACAUGACCCAAAGUUCAUCUUUGAUCAACACUGCAGCUCAUUCUACUGGAUCAGUAUUCGGAGUUCCAAACAACCUGGCUCCCAGCUCCCCUACUCUGAAUGCAGGCCUCAGCUCUUCCUCAACAGUAUUUGGUGUUCAGAACAACCUGGCUCCAGGAACACUUGGUGUCGCCAACAGUGCAAUUACAAGUUCCACAGCAAAGAAAAAUACUACCCAGAGCUCUGGUGUGACUAGUACUGGUGUGUCCACCUCAUCUACAACUGCUGCCGCCACCACCAUGGGCACCCAGAAUGACGACAUCCUUCGCAAAGACUGCAAAUUUCUCCUCCUGGAGAAAGAGAAUGUGGCUCCCAAGAAAGAGAUGGAGUUGCUGAUCAUGACAAAGGACAGUGGGAAAGUUUUUAGUGCCUCUAGCAGUGGACUCAAUGGAGGCUAUUAUACAGAAGACACCUUGAAGAAAGACAAGCAGGCCAUGGCGUCUUACGCUGGAGAUUCCUUCCUGAAAUCAGAAACAAAUGGAGGACUAAAAUCUGUUUCAACCAAGGACAAAGCCACCUAUGCAGAAAUCGGAGGAGAUGACGGAUGUGGAGGGGCAGGUGCUGCUCCAGCCUGGUGCCCCUGUGCUUCCUGUUGUAGCUGGUGGAAGUGGCUCCUGGGCUUGCUCCUUGCCUGGCUGCUUCUACUUGGCUUACUUUUUGGACUUAUUGCUCUGGCUGAAGAAGUGAGAAAGCUGAGAUCUCGAGUAGAGAGCCUUGAAUCCCGUGCCAGCUAUCGGCAAAUCCAUCCUAUCAAUGAGGAAAAUAUAGACCUCAGUGUGGCUUCCAAACAAAAAUCAAUACUGGGCGAUAUGAAUGAAGACAAUUUGUGGUAUCUCAUGAAGAACAGGCUGGAUGCAGAGAAAAGACAAGGUUAUUUCCGAGGAGAGCCAGGACCAAAAGGUGAUAUGGGCAUCCAAGGACCAAAAGGAGACCGUGGUAUGCCAGGUGCUCCAGGUGAUCAAGGAAUGAAAGGCCAACCUGGACCUGAAGGACCAAAAGGCCAGAAAGGCAGUCAGGGUGAACAUGGCAUGGAAGGACAAAGAGGGCGAGAGGGACUUCCAGGACCUCGUGGGGAUCCUGGUCCACCUGGAUUUGGAGAGAAAGGUGACAAAGGUCCUGCUGGAAAUCCAGGACCUCCGGGUCCAACUGGUCUCCCUGGUACUUUUGGUCCCAAAGGUAUGAUGGGUUCACCAGGUCCCCAAGGUCCUCCCGGUCCUCCUGGGCUCCAAGGAUUUAGAGGUGAAAUGGGUCCCGCAGGUAUUAAAGGUGAGAGAGGAGCAACAGGAACAGCUGGACCCAAAGGUGAUCAAGGGGAGAAAGGACCUCGUGGCCUUACAGGUGAACCAGGCUCCAGAGGGCUACCUGGACCUACAGGUGAACCAGGAGCUAAAGGAUCAGUAGGUCCACCUGGCCCAGAUGGGCAUGCAGGCCCCAGAGGUGAACAGGGUCUUAUGGGAUUGCAAGGACCACGAGGCCCACCCGGGACUCCUGGAGAUGCCGGACAGCCAGGACUCACAGGGCCUCAAGGACCACCAGGUCUCUCAGGCAAUCCAGGCCGUCCAGGACCUAAAGGUGAACCAGGAGCACCAGGCCGGGUUCUCUCUUCAGAUGGUGCAUCAACUGUUGCUGUCGCAGGACCUCCAGGCCCACCAGGAGCUGCCGGACCUCCAGGCCCACCUGGUGUUCCAGGCCCUGUUGGCCCAGCUGGUCUUCCUGGAGCUCAAGGACCUCAAGGUGUGAGAGGACCCCCAGGUGAAGCCAUUGUGGAAACCAUCAGAUCAGAAGUUGCUGCUUCACUUUCUAAAGCAUUGUCAGAGAAGGAAAGACAACCAGGACCCCAGGGACCACCUGGACCUCCAGGACCGCCAGGGGAAGGAUUACCAGGACCUCCAGGGAGACCAGGACCUCCAGGAUCCUUUGUGCCCACAUCUGAGAAUUUCUUUGCCGGCCCACCAGGUCCCCCAGGCCCUAAAGGUGCAACGGGAGCCCAAGGUCCUCCUGGCCCACGAGGAAUGACAGGUGAACCAGGUCAGCCAGGUCUCCCAGGAGCAUCUGUACACGGUUCAGGAGUUGCCAUCCAAGGCCCCCCCGGACAUCCUGGGCUACCAGGGGCACCUGGACCUAAGGGAGAGAAAGGUGAUGCAGGUGUACCAGGAGCCCCUGGCAUCCCCGGAGGAGCUGGAUCAAGAUUUUCUCAGGGUCCCCCGGGGCCACCAGGCCCUCCUGGCCCCCCAGGUCUGGGAAUUGGUUCAGUUCAAGAGAUUCAGCAGUAUGUCUCCGAGUACCUGCAGAGUGACAGCAGCAGGCGUUAUCUGGUUGGACCACAAGGCCCACCUGGGCCUCCUGGGCCCCCAGGAAUCAUUACUGCCACUGCUGCUGAAACUUUGGAUUACGCUGAAUUGGCCCGAAGCGUUAUGAACUACAUGUCCUCUUCCGGUUUCAUUUCUUCCUCCUCCACGUUAUCAGCGGACGAUCUCCUUGUCAUGCUUCAGAGACAGGAACUUCGUGAAUAUCUAAUGGGACCUCGUGGUCCCCCAGGUCCCCCUGGGCCGCCUGGGCGGGGAGGAGGUGGCUUAUCUGAAGCACUGGACUACGAAGAAUUGUCGAGGCGGGUUAUUAGCUACAUGACAAGUUCAGGAAUUAGCAUUGGGCUUCCUGGCCCUCAAGGUCCCCCUGGUUUGCCUGGAACAUCAUAUGGUGAUAUCUUAGCUUUGCUUCAAGCCUCAGAGUUUAGUGGCAUUGUAGGGCCACCUGGUCCCCCAGGUCCUCCUGGAAUACCUGGCAGCUCUCUUUCCACCCUCACUGCAGAGGAGAUUUUCACAUACCUGCAACGUAUGGGGUAUUCCUCACUUUCUGGUCCCCCUGGACCACCAGGGCCACCUGGACCACAAGGACCACCAGGCUUUGCAGGAACUGGCCUCAUUUCCUCUGGUGGAAAUAUUUGGACUGAUGAGUUCAGGAGUGAAUUGAUCCAGUAUCUUACUAGUGAAGAUGUGCGUAGCUUCAUCACAGGACCUCCUGGGCCACCAGGACCACCUGGCCCAAGUGGAGAUGGCAGGGGCUCUCUCAAUUCAGAAGGAUAUUCCAGGUCUGUGAGUUCAGCCUUAUCCUAUGAUGGAUCACUAGCCAAUAGGGGAUCAUACGGCAGCUCUUUGGGAAGGAACGGAGCAUAUGGCGGCACACUUGGAGCAGAUGGAUCAUAUGGUGGAUCGCUUGGAGCAGAUGGAUCAUAUGGUGGAUCGCUUGGAGCAGACGGAUCAUAUGGUGGAUCGCUUGGAGCAGAUGGAUCAUACGGUGGAUCGCUUGGAGCAGGUGGAUCGUAUGGUGGAGCAGGUGGAUCGUAUGGUGGCACACUUGGAGCAGGUGGCUCACUUGGAGCAGAUGAGUCCCAGCUAAGAUCCAUGGGUGCAGGAGGAACUUAUAGUAGAUCAUAUGCUGGGUCACUGGAUUACAAUGAGUUGGCAGCCCGGGUGUCUGAAAACAUACAGAGUCGAGGGCUCCUCCAAGAGAUGAUGACUUAUGCUAUGCAAGGGCCUCCAGGGCCUCCUGGCAUCCCAGGGAUCAGCAGAGUGUUUGCAUCCUAUGGCAACGUCACAGAGGACCUAAUGGAUUUCUUCAGAACUCAUGGAACUAUUCAAGGCCCUCCUGGACAGAAAGGAGAAAUGGGAUUCCCAGGACCCAAAGGUGAAAUGGGACCAAUGGGGCCUCCAGGACGCCAAGGCCCAAGAGGACCAAAGGGUGAAAAAGGCGAGAAAGGUGAACAAGUAUAUGCUCGCCGAAGGAAGAGGAGAAGCAUUGGGGUCUAACCGAACAACCUGGAUUCACACACAGGCUUUCUAAAUGGCUUAUGGGUGGGUUUUUUAAAAUCCCAAUAGAAACAAUUUCCCAAUUUCCAGCACAUUCAAACUAGUGACCAUCCAGCUGGCAGGAAUAUUUGGUAUUUUGGAAGAUUACGGUUCUCCUAUAACUUUAUCUCAUAUCAAGAAACCAGGGGGGUUCUGGUAGUACCUGUCAAACUAAUAGCUCAUUCUUUUGGUUUUAUCCCAUGUGUUCUGGUGAUGAACUGGUUAUAUAACCCUAAUCUAAACCCAAGGAUUUUAUAUUAGCAUAGUCUCCUAGGUUUAAUUUACAAUCCAGGAUUCACUCAGUGCAGCUUCUCAAACUAAAGAUUAUAAUUAAGUCUUCAGCAGAAGCUGAAAUAAAAAUGAAAGGACUGGAUUUGGAGGUUGCUUUGAAGCUGUCUGUAUAUAAGGCACCUCCAAAAUUACCAAGGGGUGGGAUUCUAAAAAGGGCAGGCUGCGCCCAUUUUCAAAUAUAUUCCAGCAGGGUGCAUAUCCAUAGGCUACUUUAAAAAACAAAAAAUCAUUCCAUGCAUUGCAAUGAUGUGAAGGACCUUGGGGCUGUUAGUAUUUAAGCACUUUGGUUAGAACUUUUUUUAAAAGAAGUUUGCAUUUAUUUUUAUUAUGUUAAAAGUGCCAUUGUCUUGUAAAGUUUGCCACUUAAGAGCUUGUUUACACUCUAGUGUCUGGUUUUCACUAGAAUGAGACCAAAGUAUUGCAGCAGACAUGGCUGGUGGCAUAUCCAAGAGUAUUAACAUGUAGGUCAUAGUAUGAAGUGCAGUAGCACAUACCCAUAAUGAGUUCAGUAUCCGCAUUUUCAAAGUGAGUGGUUUUGCCUGAUAAUUUCUCCUGCUGCUGCCUACUUCAGCAAUGAGCACUCACCUCCUACAAUGUAUUUAAGGGGCAUAUUAGCAUUCAUGUGGAAUUAUAUGCAUCAAAGGUAAUAUAGGUCAUAGACAUGUCCCAUUGAAACAGGAGAAUCAUCAGAUCAAGAUUAAUUAACAUGUUGCCAAGUUUUCACAGUGUGAAUUCUUUAAUCACAUAAUAUACAUGCAUCAUGGCAGCAACUGGGUGAGUCGAUCAUCCUUAAACAAAACAGAAAUGACUAUAUACUGAUAAUCUUGCUGAUGUGUGCGUAGUACAAAUGGAUUAAGUAUCACGGCAUUAUACAAACAUUAUAGUCCAAACAGCAUGCCUAAGCAAGUUCUAUGUACGAGAUUAUACCAUGGAUAGUUUCAGGAUCUUAUCUCUUUGUUACCCAUUUUGAAAUGCUAAAUCCUAAUCAGUGUUGCAUCCUUCAACAGGAUUCAGAAUUCAGCCAAAAAGAAAUUGAAAUUGAUACAUUAGUUCAAUAUGACAAGAUGGAAAAAUGUGCAAUAAUUGGUUUGUACUUGUGUGAUAAAUGGCCAACCUGUCAAAUCAGCCUUCUAGUACUUUUAGAUUAAUGUGACAGGUUCGCAACCUCUCACACACAGUGCAAACCAAUGAUUGCACAUCUUGCCAAUGAGAACUAAUUUUCACAUGUACAAAGAUGUAGAUAGAAGUGUUAGACUUGAGCCACAAUCCAUGUGCUCAGUAGGGUUUUGAAUUGUGUUCCUCCAAUAACUCCCUGUCCCCCACAUCUACUUGGCUGACUUUUGCUACUCAGGGGAAUUUCAAAAGCACAUUUGUGAUGCAGCAUAGAGGGAAUGUUGCUAAUCUAAGGGGGGAAACAUCUCUGUUAAUAUAUGCAAGGCCCUGAGUGCAACUAAAAUAGUUCUCUGGGAUGUGACUAUGGUCGUGAUGAUCGAUGGCAAAGGAUUUCCAGCUUUUGUUUGGUUCUGCAGAAGUUCUAAGCACACACAGGAAAUGCUGAAUCACCUGUAAUUGACAUAGUGAGUGUGUAGGUUUGGGACUAUUCUACUGUACUGUAUGGAGUCUCUUCAACAUAUUAAAAAAAAUUGGCUGUGCUCUUAAACCAACUGUAUCUGUUAAUGACACUUGCUUUUUUAAAAUAAAAAAAUACUU